AUGUGCAGGUCCAAGUGUUAUGGAGCAGGGAUACGUGAAUGUGUCCUUGACUCCUUUCACAAGUUUUGCCGCAUAGUGGAACUUUUCUAGCAUGCUGGGGCUCACGCUGAAGGAGACAGCUCGGGUGCUGAAUGAGGGGUCCGUGACAGCGGCUGAGCUGUGUGCUGCGUGUGUGGCCAGGGCCAGGCAGGUUCAGCAGCUCAACGUGUUCAUCACGGAGACAUACGACAUGGCGGGGCAGCAGGCUGCAGAGUCCACCCUCAGGCACAGACAGGGAAGUCGGCUACAUGUCUUAGACGGUAUUCCUGUCACCAUUAAAGACGCCUUCAGCACUGCUGGUAUCAGAACAACAUGUUCCUCGAGAAUACUCAGAGACUACGUCCCACCCUACAAUGCCACCAUGGUGCAGAGAUUAGUGGACAGAGGAGCUGUGCUUCUAGGGAAAACCAACAUGGACGAGUUUGCUAUGGGAUCUGGUAGUGUAGACAGCAUCUUUGGACCUGUCAGGAACCCAUGGAAAUACAACUUCCAAACAAGGCAUCAAGAACAAGACUCUCAGCCAAUCAGAGACAGUUGUCAUGACCUAAAGCCAAAAAGUAUGCAAAUGAGGACUAUGCAUCAUCAUGUGACUUCCACGGAGGACAGUGAUUGGUUCAUUACAGGGGGAAGCUCAGGUGGCAGUGCAGUGGCUGUGGCUGCUGGGAUUUGCAAAGCUGCUCUAGGCUCAGACACCGGUGGCUCCGUCAGGAAUCCUGCCUCCUACUGUGGAGUGGUUGGGCUGAAACCGACAUACGGUUUACUGUCCCGCCACGGACUGAUCCCAUUGGUCAACUCGCUGGAUGUUCCGGGCAUCUUCACCCGGUGUGUGGAUGAUGCAGUGAUCAUGUUGGGUGCUUUGGCAGGACAUGACCCUAAAGAUUCCACCACAGUCUCCGACCCCUUCCAGCCCUUCUCUCUACCUGAACACAUCGACAUUACGCGUCUGCAUGUCGGCAUUCCUAAGGAGUACCAUGCUCCACACCUGUCUGAAGAAACGCUGAGCACCUGGAAGCGAGCGGCUGACAUGUUGGAGGACGCAGGUGCACGGGUUUCGCAGGUGUCCCUGCCGCACACCCCGUACUCCAUUGUCUGCUACUCCGUCCUUUGUGCUGCAGAGGUGGCCUCCAACAUGGCCAGAUAUGACGGGCUGGAGUUUGGCCACAGAGGUUCAGACCACAGCUCCACGGAGGCCCUGUACGCCCAGACCAGACAUGAAGGCUUUAAUGACGUGGUGAGGGGCCGGAUACUGGCAGGCAACUACUUCCUACUCAAGAGACAUUACGACCACUAUUUCACACAAGCCCAGAGAAUACGGAGGCUGAUAGCCAAUGACUUCAGGAAGGUGUUUGAGGGUGGGGUGGACAUCUUGUUGACCCCCACGACCUUGAGCCCUGCAAGGUCAUACAGGUGGUUUGUCCAGGCAGACAACAGAACUCGGACAGAGCAGGAAGACGUCUUCACACAACCUGUCAACUUGGCAGGAAUCCCAGCGGUGAACGUUCCUGUGUCCCUGUCGGAAGACGGCCUCCCGAUCGGACUGCAGCUGAUCGGGCAGUCCUUCCAGGAGAAGACUCUUCUCACCGCCGCCAAGUGGCUCGAGCAGCAAGUCAACUUCCCUCACCUGCAACUGCCAGAUCCUUCAGAAAUGUCUUAGAUUUUAAUAAAGUAGUAUAAGACUUUCUUCAAGAUAUGUCUGAAACAGUGAACAGGUGACACUAACUGCUGCCAAGUGGCUCGAGCAGCAAGUCAACUUCCCUCACCCACAACUACCGGAUCCUUAAAAAAUAUCUUAAUAAAUUAGUGUAAACUUUUGAGUUGUAAGGUUUCACACCUUCAAGUGUCAGAUCCUUCAGAGAAGUUAAUAAAUUAGACAAGUAUUAAACUUUUAAGUGGUAAAAGUUUCUUAGAGAUAUAUCUGAGAUAUUAUAAAAUUAUAAAGGGUGGUACCAAGUGGCUGGAGCAGCAAGCCAACUUCUCACACCUUCAAUUUUGACUCUGUCCAUUCGUUGUGACCACUUUUUAUUGAUAAUUUUUCCCAUUGACAGGAGCAAAAAUCCUGUCCAUACUAGUGACCACCUGUUCUUUUGAUAAUAAUAAUGUACUGUUCUUGGUGACAAAUGUGCAGUGCUAUCUCAUAUUAAGUUGUCAUUGGCACACCAAAUCAGUGUGUGUCAUCAAUGUUCUUAAAAAAGUUCUAUAUUAUAAUUCCAUCGUGCCUGUUCUUAUAGAUCAGAUUUUAUCAGUCCCGAGUUGGGCAGUUUUGAUUGUAAGACGAGUACAAACGUUUCUUUAUGCUGACAUUACAAGGAAACACACCCCUACAACCUUUUUACCCCUCAGUCCCAAAUGCCUGUUUGGGGCCCCGUCUAGUACAGGCGUCUCGUUAAUCAGUUCUAGUAAUAAAAGCCGGCACCAAAGUGAGACGGGGUGAAUUAUUCUGUCGGACCUUUCAACCGACUUCUCAUCCCAGUCUCUGAGUACCCAACUGGCGUUCCGCCAAGCCGGCACAAUAUUCCAGCACCGUGGACUUUGCAAAUGAUAAACUGUUUGCAACCCCAAAAUUGACUCGCCAAAUUCCUUGACAGACCUGCGGUCUUGGUCGGGAUUAUUGGCCAGAGGUCUGGUGGAAAAUAUGCAGAGUUUGAUGAGAUUCAUGUAUGCAGAGCUUAGGUGGGACAAGUUGUUUGAUGUAAAAUAAUGACCUGGCCACGGUGCCUGCGAAGCUGGUGCGAAAUGCCAAAGGGUGGUUUUAACAGUUGACCAACAGUUACACUGAGCUGCAUAUCUGCUUCAUGAUCAAUCAGUUGCAAGUUUGGAACAUGGUAGCUGAAAUCAAAUCUAAAGGUUUAUGUGUAAUGUUAUUUCCAGUUAUGUCUUCUGGAAUAGUGUGAUUGAGUCAAGGCCUC